CACCACCCCGGUCCCCCCCCCUUUCCAACCUUCCUCCCCAGCGCCUACUCCCCGUCCCCUGAGACCUAAAUAGGAGCUCCUUAGCCCUCUCUGUUUACCUCUUCCCGAGACUUCAACUCCUGCCAGGAGGAUGGCGUCCACACCUACCAGGAAUGAGGAGGAAAAGGGCAGCAGGAUGUCCCAAGCUGCAACCUCCUUGGGUGGAGGUCCAGUGAGCAUGGGGGUUUCAUUAUCCCGUUCUGAGGAAUUCCUGACCCAGAUCAGCACAGAACUUACUGAUGAGGCCUUGUUUACCGCUAGCUAUGGCACGAACCCUGUGCCCACCAAGGAAAAACAGACCCAAGACCGAGGGACUCAGAUAUCCAAACACGUGUUCUUCAAGACCCGAGGCACCGACACCCGUUCUGACAGAAACCGUACCCGCACCAAGACCCACCUCCUGCCAUCCCCUCGUGACAAGAACGUGCAUCAGAGCUCCUCUUUCACGAGCCAUUAACACUUCACUUUGCUGGGACUUCUGGUCAUGAGCAACAUACCCCUGGAAGCUUCCUAGGUGUUCAAGAACCAUCACACACCUCUCCCCCUCAACUGGCAAGAACAUCACCAGAAAUCAAAGGCUUUAAUAAAAAGACAGAGGUCCUUCCCUCCUCCCAACCCAG